AUGAUAAAGCUCAAGGGCCGUAGGCGCAUGUGCGCUUACACCAAGGCCAAGGAUUUUUUAAAAUCCCGGCUGCUGCAUUCUGUCUCGCGCCCUGAUGCUGCUUCGAUCCCACACAAAGUUUCUCGAAUCUUCACACCGCCCCAGAAGGAUGAACGAUUUGAGCGAACACUUGACAUAUCCAUCAGAAAUGGAGAUGGCGAGGCUUGGUCCGGUUUAACCCAUGGAGUGGGCUUGUUCGACACGCAAUGCGAGCAUAACCUGGUCACCGCCCAGUUCCUCAAGAAUAUUGGCUUCAAGUGGCAGCCAUCUACAGAAGACACUGAUAUCAUCCAAAUGGACAACACCAAGAUCGAAUGUCUGGGUGAGGUUCGGGGAAGAUGGCACCCGGUUGACGCUCCAAAGGGCACAAAGGACUUGAAUUUCCGACCACGCUACGAAAUGUCCACCUUCAAGGUUGUUGAUUUGGAUACAUGCGACCUCAUCAUUGGGCGCACCACAAUGAUUGACCUGAAACUGUUACAAAUAAAUCGCAACUUCUUUGGUGCAUUCCGUCAACUCCCUAUUCGCGUCGACUCAGCUAGUACAACUAUUAAGAAGCAGCAGGAAGCAGACGAGCGCAGAAAGAAGGAACAAGAGGAGAUGCGCACUCAAGGCCAGAGCCCUCUGCCCCAAAGCCCCCUAGCGACACCCGAAUGUCAAUUUUCCAACCAUCACAGAGUUACCGACUUUACUACACUGGGCCGCUAUUGGAAAUACGUCUUUGAGUCGUUGCAGAAAGCAACAAAUAGCAUUUACGCUACGGGAUACCACAGCAAGGGUAGAGGGAGGAGGCGUAAGCGCCAGGAUUGCGCUCGCAUGCCAGCUGAGGGUACGUGA